GAGAGGUAUCCGGAGAUCUUUGAAGCGUGGAAAGUCGUUUCGGCCGGGUUCCAACGAGAUCAAGACACAUUUCAGAAGCAAUGCCUGUGCAAGGGAUCCGGACGGUGACUGCCGCCAGAAACGGCGUCGGCGCCUUUAUCCUACAAUGCAAGCAGUUGGAUUUCCACUACUGCGACUGGGCCGGUAGCUCUCGCGGCAUGGUGGCGUUCCUGAAGCACCAACUCCCCGCUUUCGCCAAAGCCAACCCCCAGAUCGAGAUCCGAGUAUCGCCCCGGCCACACAAGCACCCCGUCAUCAAGGGCCACUACAUCAACGGACGGGAGAAGGCGAUCUGCGUGCGCAACCUCGAGCCCGAGCAGAUUUUCAACAAGGCAAACCUGCUGAAGGAGGCCAGCGGCGAGAAGCUGAAGCGCACCAAGAAGCCCAUCACGAGUCUCAACGAGAGUGUCAGAGGUAUCUGGUCCCCUUACCACGGUGGUUUCAAGUCGGUGUAAGUGGCAGUUUGGGAUCUGGUUACUGCAAGUGGUGUUACAAUUUGGAAUUCAUUUGUGUUUGGUUUAUCAUGGGCUAGCUCUUUUUAUGCUUCUGCAUCUCCCCCCGCGGUGGAAAACCUAACGGGCUUCUGUCUUGGGUCUGAUAUGUAUCAUAUGUACAAAUUACUUGAAAACUGUUUUAUGUGUGCGGAUGUGCCAUGUCGAAGAACGUCGUCGAAGUAUCUUGCAACAAAUAU